GGCGGGGCUUGAGGCCGCCCGCACGGAGCCGGGAGCGCCUCGGGAGCGGCGGCGGCGGCGGCGGCGCGAUGGCGGAGGAGCGGGCGCUCGCCAUGGUCACCUGCACGGCCCCCGUCAACAUCGCCGUCAUCAAAUACUGGGGCAAGCGGGACAAUGACCUGAUCCUGCCCAUCAACUCCUCCCUGAGCGUGACGCUGCACCAGGACCAGCUGAAGACCACCACCACCGCCGCCGCCAGCCGGGACUUCGCAGAGGACCGUCUGUGGCUGAACGGGGAGGAGGCCGACGUGGGGCACCCCCGGCUGCAGGCCUGCCUGCGGGAGGUGCGGCGCCUGGCCCGCAAGCGCCGGGGUGGCAGCGCCGAGGACGUGGCCCCGCUCAACCUCUCCUACAAAAUCCACAUCGCCACCGAGAACAACUUCCCCACCGCCGCCGGCUUGGCAUCCUCCGCUGCCGGCUACGCCUGCCUGGUGUCAGCGCUGGCGCGGCUGUACGGCGUGGAGGGCGAGCUGUCGGAGGUGGCCCGGCGCGGCUCGGGCAGCGCCUGCCGCAGCAUGUUGGGGGGCUUCGUGCAGUGGCAGCGGGGCGAGCGGCCGGACGGCAGGGACAGCCUCGCCCAACAAGUGGCCCCCGAGACACACUGGCCGGAGCUCAGGGUCCUCGUCCUGGUGGUCAGCGGGGAGAAGAAGCAGGUGGGCAGCACGGCGGGGAUGCAGACGAGUGUGGACACCAGCCCCUUGCUGAAGCACCGGGCAGAGGCGGUGGUGCCGGAACGCCUGGCCCUGAUGAUGCGGCACAUCCGUGAGCGGGACUUCGAGGGCUUCGGGCAGCUCACCAUGAAGGACAGCAACCAGUUCCAUGCCACCUGCCUCGACACCUUCCCCCCCAUCUUCUACCUCAAUGACCUUUCGCGGCAAAUCAUCGCCCUGGCACACCGCUUCAAUGCCCACCAUGGAUGCACCAAGGUAGCCUACACCUUCGACGCCGGCCCCAACGCCGUCAUCUUCACGCUGGCCGACACCGUGGCCGAGUUUGUGGAGGUGGUGAGACGCAGCUUCCCCCCCGCCACCAACGGGGACCAGUUCGUGAGGGGGUUGCCCGUCGACUCGGCCUCGCUGCCGGAGGAGCUGCUCACAGCCGUGGUGACGGAGCCAGUGCCGGGGGCUGUCCGGUACAUCCUGCACACCAAGCCCGGCCCUGGUCCCCAGCUCCUGGAUGACCCCAGCCAGCAUCUCCUGGGAGCAGACGGGCUGCCCCGACGCUGCACCUGAGCCUCGGUGACACCGCCGGGGACAGCCACGACGUGUUGGGGGGGGCUCUGCUGGUGCCACCCGGGGGUGGCCUGGUGCGAAGCCGUCCCCAGCCCCGGGGUGGGAUGUGACCCCUGGGGCUGGUUUUUACUGUUUUGUAAGGAAAUAGAGGUUUUCCAGCUGCAGCGCUGGUUUGGGGUGUAUGGACUCCAGGGGAGGUGUUGCGGAGGGGGGUUGGCAUCGCCGGACAAAGGUGUGGGGCAGGAGACGGGGCUGGUUUCUCCUAACGGCUGUGCCUGGGCCUGCUGGGACAGAUCCUGUCCCCCCCAAAUGUCCCCUGUCCUCCGGUGUCCCCUGGGGCUGAUCCUUUCUGCUUGCACAGCCCCCGUCACCCCAUGUGGCCCCUAUCCCUUGCACAUCCCUUGUCCCCACCAUGUCACUUGCAGGACUGAUCCCGUCCCCUGUCCCUUAAAUGCUCCGGCUGGGGCUGAUCCUGUCCCCCUGCAACACCCUUGUCACCCUACGUGGCCCCGUGUCCCUUGCGGGGCUGAUCCAGCCCCCCUGCACCGGACUGAUCCUGUUCCCCCCACACCAUCCUCGUCACCCCACCAUGUCCCCUGUCCCCUCGUGUCCCUUGCGGGGCUGGUCCUGUCCCCGCACGGCCCCU